AUGAAGAUGGAGGCGCUCGCGUACUUGGCGCGCUCCGACAGCUCCGACGACGACGACGACUUCGACUCGAGCGACGGGCGCCCCACGCCGCUGGACCCCGAGUACUGGCGGGGCAUCACCCACUCGCGGGAGGUCGUGCCAGCCCCCACGGCGGCGGCCUACAGACAGCCGAGCAGGAUGGACCCGCCGGCGCCGCAUCACCACCACUACGACCCCUACGGCGCUGCGAGCUACCCCAUGUACCACCAGCAGCAGUACCCGUACCAGCGUCCUGCGACGUCGCCCAGUGCCGUGAUGCAUGGCCACGGCCACUACGGCGCCGGCCCAGGCGGAGGCGUCCUCAUGUCGCCGAUCCACUACCAGUCGGGAGGGCCGCCAAUGAUCCCCAUCAGCCCAGUGGCCCACAUGGACGCCAUGCACGACGCAACCUUCAUGCCGCAGCACUCUGGCGUAGGGAUGGCGCAUGGCCUUCAUCGGCCGGGGCAGUGGAGCGACCCAGUGCCUCGAAGCUACUCUCCUGCUGCUUCCGUCGCCGCCGUCUCUCCAGUGUCCACGCCGCAGCAGCUGAAGCAGCAAGUGCGAGAGGCGCUGGUGCGAGCCCAAGCGUAUCUGGACUUGGGACCGUUCUUCCAGUGCUACGACAUGUCGUACACGGGCGGAAUCCGGCUCGGCUCGAUACAGGAGGCGCUGGCUAGGGUGGGCGUGAUACUGCGAGACCACGUGCUGCAAAGUAUCGGCCAGCUCUUCAGUAUCCCGGGGUCGGGGCUGAUCGACUACAUGUCGUUGAGUCGGUUCUUGGAACUGGACGCGCAGGAGUUGGACAACAUGCGGUCGAUGGUGGCUGCUCGACGGAGCGUGCUGGUGAACAGCGGCAUCGAGCUUGGAGACGUCUUUGUGCAGUAUGAUAUGCACCGGACUGGGUUUGUGCCUCGAGCGACAUUCGCUACUAUUCUGAGAGACUAUAGCGUCUCAAUGCCAGAGACGACGCUGCAUUUCUUGAUGAUCCAACUGGCGAAGCCGACCGAUACGACGUCCGUCUCGUAUGUGCGUUUCCUUGAGAUGACCGACGUGGGGGUUGCCAGGAGCGCCUCCGCCAGUUCAACGAACCACAGAAUGGAGAGCUCUCCCCCUCGCUUUAGUAGCUGGUCAGGCGGUUGUCCUCAUUCAUUCGAUCAGGAGAGCCCUGCGCGAGGCUACGAGCUGCAGACUGUGGUGCCGGUCGCAACUCAAGCUCCUCGAGUUGUGGACCAUGCUGCCGCCAGUCCUGAUUUCGCUACUCCUUUGCCGAGGCUUGGAUGGGUCUGUCGAGUUUGCGCACAUCAGCAGAUCGCCGAUUGGGCCACUCACUGCGAAAUAUGCGAGACUUCUAAGCCGCGGCCUGGGCUGCGCGGCGAAGGGUAUAUCAAAUGCUUGCAUUGCAAGUUCGACAACAACUACGACAUGGAGGACUGCGAGAUGUGUGGACGGCCACUGAAUGCAAGCAACAAAAAGAUGUCGAGGGCGGAGAAGAAGAAGAGGUCGAAGAAGCGCUACGUGUCCAGCUCCUCAUCCAGCUCCUCCUCAUCUUCGUCCUCUUCUUCCUCUUCUAGUUCGUCGGGCCGCCGUCGAGUGAGCAGGCGGAAAUCAGAGAAAAAACGUUCUCGUUCAGCCCGGAAGAAAGAGGAGAAGAAGCCUCGAUUUCAACGAGGCGAAGAGAUUCAAGCCAUACCCUUGGGAGAAAGAGGCUAUGAAGUCGGUGUUAUCGCACGGGUUCGACCAAAUGGAACGUACGAUAUCGAGUUUGAUAGUGGGCUCUUGGAAAAGAACGUCGAGGAAAGCUGCAUCCUCGAAAUCUCGCGAGCACGCGUUAUCAAGGCUCGGGAUCUGUCAGACGGUGAGGAGACCAAGAAGAAAUCGAAAGCAAAGGACUCUGACGACGAAAAAGAUCCAGGGUACGAGCCUGGCGACCGAGUCGAAGCUCGGUUUCAAGGAAGAGAGCGCUAUUUUGCUGGUAAGAUCAAGAAGUGCCGCACUGGCGGAUUGUAUGACAUCGAGUAUGACAACGGCGAGGUGGAGCUGCGAGUUCGCUCGAAGUAUAUUAAACGUGAAGAGCGGAAGAAGCCGAGUCCAAAGAAACCGAGCCCUGGGCCCCCUAAGCAAGACGAUGUUUCUGCAUCCGAGGUCACGUGGACAAAGGGGCAAAAGGUGGAGGCCAAAUUACGUGGGUACCAGGACUACGUACAGUGCAUUGUGUUUCGUGUGAACGCUGACGGAAGUUGCGACUUGGAGCUGGAGUCGGGCGAUCUGGAGAAACGCGUGCCGGGGGCAAAUAUUCGUGCAGGCGCAAGCUCGGCGGUGAAACCAAAGCCUGUCCAAAGUGAGGAUGAACCAAUUCGACCGAAACGGCCUCUGGUGAAGAGACCAAGUGCACCGACAACAAGCGACGAUUCUUCUGCUCAGCCAAAACAUAAAUUCAAGCAAGGACAAGAAAUCGAAGCGAAACGCAAAGGGAAGGAUGGCUAUUAUCCCGGCGUCGAGGCCCAGUACAAGGGCAAGAGCAAGUUCUACCCGGGUGUGAUCUCGCGCUGCCGCCUGAACGGCACGUACGACAUCGACUACGACGACGGCGAGAAGGAGACGGGUGUGGCGGCCGAGCUGAUCCGGUUGCUGGGCAAGAAGGGCGGCGGCGACAGCGACGACGACCCGAAGGCCAGGAAGUUCAAAGAGGGCGACAAGGUCGAGGCCCAGUACAAGGGCAAGAGCAAGUUCUACCCGGGUGUGAUCUCGCGCUGCCGCCUGAACGGCACGUACGACAUCGACUACGACGACGGCGAGAAGGAGACGGGUGUGGCGGCCGAGCUGAUCCGGUUGCUGGGCAAGAAGGGCGGCGGCGACAGCGACGACGACCCGAAGGCCAGGAAGUUCAAAGAGGGCGACAAGGUCGAGGCCCAGUACAAGGGCAAGAGCAAGUUCUACCCGGGUGUGAUCUCGCGCUGCCGCCUGAACGGCACGUACGACAUCGACUACGACGACGGCGAGAAGGAGACGGGUGUGGCGGCCGAGCUGAUCCGGUUGCUGGGCAAGAAGGGCGGCGGCGACAGCGACGACGACCCGAAGGCCAGGAAGUUCAAAGAGGGCGACAAGGUCGAGGCCCAGUACAAGGGCAAGAGCAAGUUCUACCCGGGUGUGAUCUCGCGCUGCCGCCUGAACGGCACGUACGACAUCGACUACGACGACGGCGAGAAGGAGACGGGUGUGGCGGCCGAGCUGAUCCGGUUGCUGGGCAAGAAGGGCGGCGGCGACAGCGACGACGACCCGAAGGCCAGGAAGUUCAAAGAGGGCGACAAGGUCGAGGCCCAGUACAAGGGCAAGAGCAAGUUCUACCCGGGUGUGAUCUCGCGCUGCCGCCUGAACGGCACGUAC